AUGGAGAGGGCCACACCAUGCAGCCUUGGACGGGCUCAUCACACCGUCCGACAACGAAUUGAUAUCUUUAUUUUUAUUGCUGCUACUAUGUUGGAGUAUCGGAUCUCGAUCAGCGAGCGAAGCGGAACGAUUACGAAGAAAAAGAGCUACGAGACGGAGGAAGAGAGAGCAGAACGACUGCGAGUACAGCGCGAGAAGGCGAGAUUACGUCGUGCUAAAGAGAGUGAAGAGGAGCACGAAAGACGGCUCGAACAGAUGUGGCUCUACAGGCAAGAGCGCUCGUCGUUGGAGACGCCAGAGGAACUUCACAACUCCAAUGGGUCUUCCCUUUUCGUGUCUGUGAAGCUCAGGAAGCAUUUCUUAGAGAUGGAAAGCCUCACCAUUUCGAUACGGAUGGUCAACCUCGUCACCAACGAACCUUUCUGCCCUCUCCAGCUACUACGAACUGACAAAUCCGGACUUACUGAUGCUCUUAUGAAGCCGCUACCAAAGUACUACUCCUCGAUGCCUCCUAUGAAGCCGUUACCAAACAACCUACUCCCAAAACACCAGUCCAGAGUUACUGCGGAAUUUCUAGAACCUCAGAUCACUACGACGAGUUAUAUGUAA